GGUACACGUCUUCUGUUUUCCUUUCCUCUUUUGGAUAUACGCUCCCCGUCGUCCUCUCAGAGGUCAAGUGGAGGAUGCUGAGGCGAUCGCUGACGUGUUACUACAGCGGCCUUAUUGGCCAGGCUACGCCAGUCCUUCUAGGCAACAAGGGUGGUACGCCAAAGCGGAAGAAGAAUCCGAUGCAGCUGCGCCGCAAGACGUAUGGGCUGCAUUUUAAGGAGCGCUACUUAAAACUAGAGGAGUGGUACUACUGCCCGUUGUGUGCAGAGCCGAAGAGGCAGGGAGAGUGGUGUCGGCGAGAAGAAUGUCGCCAGAUAAAGCCGUAG